AUGAUUGGUAGAUCUCUCAAUGUUGAGAGUGAUCCUUUUAGGCCCUGCGAAGAUAGCGAGAAGAUAUUAGGUCCAGAAGUACCUUAUAUGAGUGCUAUCGGUGGGCUGUUAUAUCUUGCAAACUGUACCAGGCCAGAUAUUGCCUUUGCUACUAACAUCCUGGCAAGAUAUAGUUCUGCUCCUACUCGCAGGCACUGGGACGGAAUAAAGCAUGUAUUUCGUUACCUCCAAGAAACUAUUGCGCUUCAAGAAGCAUGUCGAGAAUGUGUGUGGCUUCGAUCAAUAAGUCACCACAUACAAGAAUCAAGCGGAAUAGUCAAUGAGAAAGAGUCAACGAAAAUAUUUGAAGAUAAUUCGGCUUGUGUUGCUCAACUCAAGGAAGGCUACAUUAAGAGCGACACAACAAAACACAUUCGUCCAAGAUUUUUCUCGUACGUAAGGGAGCUCGAGAAAAAUAAAGAAGUGGACAUUGAGUAUGUACGGUCAUGCGAUAAUCCAGCUGACUUGUUCACCAAAGCUCUUCCGACUACAACAUUCCGAAAACAUGUCUACGGUAUCGGAAUGCGGCAUUUGCGUGACCUAUGA